CGACCUCAUCUGAUGUGCAUUGGGAGGGAUCUCGAGAAGUAACGAAAGCAUUUCCACCCUCAAUCACACCAAGCACAAUCCGCGAACAUGGUGUUGCUGGGCGCAUUCCGACCGACGCUGCGGCGCAUGGCGGGCCACAAUGCCGUCAACCUGGAUCCCGCUCUGGUCAAAUAUGCCAACAUGUACGUGAAACGACACGAGUACUUCAAAUGGACACCACGCACCGCCCGGAUCUCUUUCACCUUCGUCAUCGCGAUUCCGAGUGUCGCGCUAUACUACGCAUGGACGACAGAUGGCAAGUGGGAAAUGCGAGGAAAGCUGCGAGGAGACGUGAUCUCGGAGUUUUAGAUGAUUCCAAGUACGAAGGAGAGAGCAGCCAACGCGCUGCGGGACCGAUUGACAACAUAUGCCUCCUAAGAUUCCAGGGAGCUUUGUAUACAAGCCUUCACGACCAACCUUUUUUUGAGUUCGGAAAAGUCUCUUUGUGAUGAAGGGUUUUAUUUUUGAGCAGCCGAGGACUAACGCGUGACAUGUUCGCUAUUUGACCACUGACUGCAGGCAAAGCAGUUUGCUUGGGCUCCCGGUGGGAUGCAGUCACCUGCAAGGAGACACUGAUCUCUUGCACGCGCCAGAUACAGAAGUUUUAGCAAGCUAGUCUUCUUAUAUGGUCCAUCACCCAUGUUAAGAAGAGACGCUCACAUCCAGAUCCAGUUUACUGCAGACACAGCAGUCGUAUAUGAACCCAGACGUCUAAUACAAC